CCAAACGCAAGCGCUCCUCGAGGUUCAUCCCCGAACCUCGAAUUCUUUUUGCUUUGCUCAGCUUUGCUCGUGCCAACAGUUUGUCACGAUGAAGUUGAACGUGUCAUACCCGGCGACGGGAUGUCAAAAAUUGUUGGAAAUCUCCGACGAGCACAAGCUCAGAGUUUUCUACGAAAAACGUAUGGGCGCCGAAAUCGAAGCUGAUUCCUUGGGAGAUGAAUGGAAAGGCUACAUUGUACGCGUGGCUGGUGGAAACGAUAAACAAGGUUUCCCAAUGAAACAGGGAAUUUUGACCAACGGCCGUGUUCGUCUUUUAUUGUCGAAAGGACACUCUUGCUAUAGGCCAAGACGUACCGGAGAGCGUAAACGCAAAUCCGUGCGUGGUUGCAUUGUGGAUGCCAAUCUUUCGGUUUUGGCUCUUGUUAUCGUCAAAAAAGGAGAGCAGGAGAUCCCUGGAUUGACCGACAAUAACAUUCCACGUCGCCUUGGUCCGAAGAGAGCCAGCAAGAUCCGAAAGCUCUUUAAUCUCACCAAACAGGACGAUGUUCGUCGGUUUGUGGUGAAGCGCCCGAUCCAGAAGGAGGGAAAGAAGGAGCGCUUCAAGGCCCCCAAAAUUCAACGAUUGAUCACCCCACAGACAUUACAGAGGAAGAGACACAGGAUUGCACUGAAGAAGCGUCGUUGUUUGGCUCGUAAAGAACAAGCCGCUGAGUAUGCAAAACUUCUAGCUCAGCGACAGAAGGAAGCGAAAGCAAGACGCCAAGAGGAAUUGAAGCGAAGGCGUAGCGCAUCGAUUCGCGAUUCCAAGUCUUCUAGCCAAUCGGCGCCAGUUGCAAAGAAAUAAACACCCGUUAUAUGUAAAACUGAAUAAACCGGUUUUAUAACUAA